GCACCACUACUACAUAGCAUAAGUCUCUCCAGGGUAGGUCAUCGUCUCCAGUACCUUUCUCCUACCAAUAUUCCCCUCACAAUGUCUACAGCGCAGAUAGCAGAAGCGAAUCAACCUUUUCCUGCUCAUCCAUUCUCUAAGAACGCUCUGAAGACAAGGGAAGAUGUCGUAGCUGCUUGUGCCUCCCUUCUCGAUCCGCUAGAGGCUGGCUUCUCUCCAGAAUGUGCACUUGUCAGGGUUGGUGGUACCGGGACAAGGUUCGACGAGACGGCGGCACAGAUUGAGGGUUAUGCACGCCCAUUAUGGGGCCUCGCCGCGCUACUUACCGGAAACUCGACGUAUAGGAACACGCACAUAUUCGUUAAAGGCAUCGUGUCAGGCACGAACCCAGACGGUCCCGAGUUCUGGGGCAACAUGGAAGACUUAGACCAGCGAAUGGUUGAGUCCUGCCCGAUUGGCUACACCCUCGCCGUUGCUGGUAAAGACUUCUGGGACCCACUCACUGAGCAGGAGAAGAAGAACGUUGCCACCUGGAUCGGCAGCAUGAACGACAAAGAGAUGCCCAACACCAACUGGCUCUGGUUCCGGGUCUUCGCAAACCUCGGUCUGAAGGCCAAUAAUGCUCCUUACUCACACGAGCGGAUUGAGAAAGACAUGGAUCACCUUGACACUUUUCACCGCGGUGAUGGUUGGUCGAAUGACGGUCCCGAAGGCUACACGCAGAUGGAUUACUACUCUGGCUCGUACGCUAUCCAGUAUCUGCAGCUACUGUACGCCAAGCUUGCAGCUUCCUUCGAUCCCAAGCGUGCGGAGGAGUACAAGCGCCGCGCGAGGCAGUAUGCCUUGGACUUCGUGCACUAUCAAGCACCUGACGGCCACAGCAUUCCGUUCGGCAGAAGCUUGACCUACCGUUUCGCCACCAUAGGCUUCUGGUCUGCCUUUGCUUUCGCCGAUGUUGAACCGCCAGAGCCGCUCACCUGGGGCAUGAUCAAAGGUCUUCUACUACGCAACUUCCGUUGGUGGAGUAAGCAACCUCACAUCUUCCAGCCGAAUGGCAUGCUAAACAUCGGCUACACCUAUCCCAACUACUAUCUGGCAGAAAACUACAACAGCCCGGGCUCACCGUAUUGGUGCAUGCUCGCUUUUGCUGCCCUUGCUCAACCGGCUUCUCACCCCUUCUGGUCCAGUACGGAGGAGCCACAUCCGUUCACACAGUCAUCCAGUCCUCUGCCAGCCAUCAAAGCACUGAAGCACCCGCAGCAUAUAAUGGUACACAAAGGAGGGCACACAUUUCUGCUUAGCAGCGGACAGAAAUGCCAUUACCCGCUCAAGGCGACACAAGCCAAGUAUGGCCAUUUCGCUUACUCUUCCGCAUUCGGCUACUCUGUUCCUACCGGCUCUUACACGCUUGAGCAAUGGGUGCCGGAGAGUGCACUGGCGCUCAGUGAUGACCGUGGCGAAAUCUGGAAGAUGAGGCGGGAGGUGGAGAACGCGCAGUUCCUGGAGAAGGACGGCUUGCCUGUGCUGUACUCAACUAUGCAUCCCUGGAAAGACGUAGAAGUGAAGACAUGGCUCGCUCCGCCCACAGAUGACGCUCCAUGCUGGCAUCUCCGAAUACACAAUAUCAAGACAGGGCGCGAUCUGCAAAGUGCCGAAGGCGGCUUCGCAAUAUAUGGUAUGAGGCAGAGGGAUGGGCGAGCGUUGACCGCAUUGUCGUCCGAGUCACCUAACGAAGGCAUUCAGUCGACCGAAUGUGAUGCAGUAGUCGUCUCUAGGGCAGGUGCAUCCGGUGUUGCAGAACUGUUGCAAGCCACUGGUAGGAAGGGUGGCAUCUGCAAUGUUGAUGCCAACAGUAACCUGAUUGAGUCGCGAACGAUCCUACCAACGAUGUAUGCCGACCUGACGGCGGGCUCUACGACAUGGUUCGGUACUGCAGUCUUCGCGAUACCGACCAGUGCGGAGGGUUGGCAGGACAAAUGGAAGUCGGAAUGGGAGAAGAGGCCAAAGGUGCCAGCAUGGGUGACCGAGCUGGUCAAGGCAGCCUCCUGA